AUGACAACACAAGCCAGAUCUGAUAAGAUAUACGAGGAUGCAUUAAUAGAGUUUGACUCUUAUACGUGUCCACAAUUAGGGAUUGAUGGAAACAUAACGAGGUCUAACCAUAUAUUAACUAAACUACCGAACAAUACAUCAUCACGAAUGGAGUUCAAAUCGGAUCAGCAGAAGGAACUAACCGAUUUAUCAGAUUUACUGGCAAAAAAACCUUUAGAUGCAACUUCUAUAAGUGAUAUUCAUUUGAAGAUUUUACAAACGAAACUUGCUCUUAAAGCAGAACGUGAAGUUGAGCAACGUAAACUCGAUAAAAUAAAGAGUCAUGAUCGUCCAUUGUAUUACCAAUUGCCUAGUUCAGGCAUCAAAGACUUUCACAAUGAAAUCAAAGAUUUUCUCCCUCCUAAUGUGAACCUCGGGGAGAGUGCUUCUGUAAAGAAUAAUAUACCCCGUUUUUAUCAUAGUAAAUUACAAUCGAACAAAAACAUGGAAAGCAAAACCAACAAUUAUACAAUUGAAGAAGACGAAAAUUUGGAUGAAUACAGCAGCUUUUCUCCAACUGGGGAAUGGGAAAAUCCAAUUGUCAAGCAAGCGCUUUCUCGACAAGUGGAUCUCGAAUUUUAUACCAAAUCGUUGCUACGCAACGUACUAUAUUUAAUUGUUUUACUACUAUUCAAAUCGCUUUUAAAGAAGUUCAUCAUCUUGUACGAGAUAAAUUUGAAAGCACAACCACUUUACAAGCAGAUGAUGUACAACACCCGCUUCGAUUUUGAUACGGUUGUGGGAAGCAUUUAUUUUGCCAUUGCUGAGCAAAUACUAACAACAUGGCCCGUUGUUAAUAUUCUUGUUUCCACAAUCAAGUUGCUAAAAGGUCAAGACCAAUGCUGGGACCUCCCUUUGAGCCACAACCAAAGAAAAUUGAUCGGUUUGAAUGUGGAUGAGGUGGACAAAGAUGACGAAAAUGAAGCAGACCUAAUCUUUAAACAAAGACAAUACAACAAUGAUCAUAACUUAGUUAACGGCAACAUCCCCAAAUAUAGCCAAGUAAAUGACUACACUAUUUACAACGGAGACUCAGCUAAAACUCAACAAAACAAGUAUGCCAAUAAUCGCUGGGUUUACAAGUCGUGA